AUGGAAGGCAAGUACGAGAGAGGAGUACGAGGUCAGAUCUUGUUUUCUCCCGACAUCAUCCUCGGGGACCAGGUCGGGAUCCGGAACGAUCUCCGUAACCGUAGGGACCGUACCUCGGUGGUCGAGCAGUUCGCCUUUGGGCUGUGGAAUGAGUUCUUUCUUCCAUCAGGAGCCACGGGCACCUGUGUGUACGUGACGAAGAGCUGGCAUCAGGCGUCGGCGCCUCAUUUCACUGCCUGGCUGGUGUUUCUGUUCGACACCCCGAGAAGGGCCCAGCACUGGGCCACAGCCCAUGUGUAUCUGGACUUCUCAGAGUCCGUAUGCAAGGUGAUUGAUGGGCCGCGGAGGUGCUGGGUCAAGAAGCUAUGGGAAGAAGACUACACCGUGUACGACCAAACUGACCAGCUUUGGCAAGGCGACAAGGGCGAGACCGGCACACAUACCUCCGCCGCCGAUGCCGCGGGUAGGAGAAUACCCUCCCCACUAUCCUUCUCCAUACAGGUACAUAUGUCCCAUGUUGAUUCAAGAGACUUCAAGUCACCUACUUCAACCCUUUCUCGACGAUGUAACUACAACUCGCUUGAUGGUUCCUUCGCAGACCAAGCCAUUGUAUAA